UUGCCAACCAUCACGCAGAUGAAUCAGCUGCGGUUGAUUGGACUGCCUUGGUUAUUUGUUUUUCGUAGAAAUAUUCCUGCCAAUUAAUUCAGUUAAUCAAGCGUAGUACUGUGCGCAAGAGGAUCUCUCCCAUCCGAUUCAAUUGAGAACAAUCAGCGAUGGACUUCACGACCUUCGUAAAGCCUUCAAACGGCGAAAGUGGCGGUGGUGGUGAUGAGAAUAGCCAGAAACUUCAGUUCUGGAAACAUGUGGAGUACAUCGAGAAUCACGGAAAGCAGGAGGACGACUACGAGUACUGCAUGACCGAGUUUCUGCGAAUGUCGGGCAUCUAUUGGGGCACUACGGCCCUGGACAUAAUGGGCCAGUUGGAUCGACUUGAGCGAAAGUACAUCAUCGAGUUUGUUAAGCGCUGUCAGUGCCUGACAACUGGGGGAUUCUCCCCCUGCGAGGGACAUGAUCCACAUUUGCUUUACACCCUGUCGGCCAUCCAGAUCCUGUGCACCUAUGAUGCCCUGGAGGAGAUCGACUGCGAGGCGGUGGUGAGAUUCGUCGUAGGAUUGCAGCAACCCGAUGGCAGUUUCUUUGGCGAUAAGUGGGGCGAGGUGGACACUAGAUUUAGCUUCUGUGCAGUGGCCACUCUUACUCUCAUCGGACGAAUGGAGCAGACUAUUGACGUGGAAAAGGCGGUCAAGUUCGUACUGUCGUGCUGCAACCAAACGGAUGGGGGAUUCGGUUCCAAACCGGGUGCAGAGUCGCAUGCGGGCCUUAUUUACUGCUGCGUUGGCUUUUUCUCGCUGACCCAUCGCCUUCACCUACUGGAUGUGGACAAAUUAGGCUGGUGGCUUUGUGAGCGCCAGUUGCCAUCUGGUGGACUGAACGGACGACCAGAGAAGCUCCCGGAUGUGUGCUACUCGUGGUGGGUGCUCGCUUCGCUCACCAUCAUGGGCCGUCUGCACUGGAUCAGCUCCGAGAAGCUGCAGCAGUUUAUUUUGUCCUGCCAGGACAGUGAGACAGGUGGCUUUUCCGAUCGGACGGGCAACAUGCCUGAUAUAUUCCACACACUCUUCGGCAUCGGCGGCCUAUCGCUGCUGGGACAUUCCGGCCUGAAGGCCAUAAACCCAACACUUUGCAUGCCACAAUAUAUCAUCGAUCGACUAGGAGUCAAACCACAACGAUUGCCAAGACCGUAAGACGAUUCCUGAACAUCAGUUCUAGCCAAUAUUUAAAAGAACAGACCUGUACCGUAUCUCCACACUAGCCUCAGUUAGUUUUAUUUGUAAAAAGACCAAAAUUCCACCACAUGAUAUAUUAAUCAUACUCGAUGCCCGUUUCACUUUAAUUUCGUUGUGCAUUUAGAUAUGAUGUAUUCUCUCGAAAGUUUUAUUUAUAUAUUUUGUAUAAUGAAUAAAACUCGGGAUAAAAUAAAUAUUUUAUUUUAUAACUGUAA